AUGUAUUCGAAUGCAAACUACUGUCGUGUCACUAUCAGACAAGAUGUACCUGCUUCAUCUUACAAUGACAAUUGGCAACCAUGUAUACCAGAUCCAGUUAUUGUUCCACAACAAAGAAAUCAACAAUACUUGGUUUCUACAAGUGCUGCUAAUGGACUUUCGAAUAAUGAUGAGUUUCUUUCAAUGUUUGCAACACUUCAACUUGAUUCACAAGAGAAAUUAAUUAGAUUGUAUACCUUGAUCUUUCAAUUACAACAACAAGCAAACAUUGCUACUAGUCCUGCUUAUCAACAAGAUAAAGUUUCUACAGACGAAACCAUUCCUCCAGUUUCUUCCAUUUCACAAAACCCCCAAACAAAUGAAAGCAGCACCAGCACCUUCUCCUCAUGCUUUACAACAUCCACCUCUCCAAUCAUCCAACAUUCCAAUCAAGUUUCCUCCAAAAUCACCAAGCCAUCCAAAAUGAAAAACCAAAACCCUCAAAAACUCUCAAAACCACAAAAAUCUCAAAAACCAGAAAAAUACACAGAAUUGUGUUCUUCAUUUCGAUCUAUUUAA